UUCGACUCUCCUGAUCACUGUGAUUGACCACUCGAAGAGAAGAAUGUCCUGCUCCAGCCUGUGUGCCCCUUCCUGUGGGGUGUCCGCCCCGUCCCCUCUGGCUGACACCACCAACGAGCCCUGUGUGCGUCAGUGCCAGAGCUCCACGGCGGUGAUCCAGCCCCCAGCCACGGUGGUCACCUUCCCCGGACCCAUCCUCAGCUCCUUCCCUCAGCACAGCUUUGUGGGCUCAGCUGGAGUCCCUGCCAUUGCCGGGGGCUCCGGUGGCAGCUACGGAGGCCGUGGUGGUUCCGGAGGUUAUGGUGGCUUUGGCGGCUUCGGAGGCCUUGGUGGCUAUGGUGGCUUCGGUGGCUGCGGAGGUUAUGGCGGCUGGAGCCGAGGCUGUGGGAGCUGCUAAGCCUCACCUGAUGCCAGCCACAGUCGACACAGAGCUCCAGGAAAGAACUGGGCAUAUCCCAACAUGAUGUUGCCCAUUGGAAGAACAUGCCUUCAGCACUGCUGGAAUCCAGAGCUUGGAUGCCUCGUGCCUGCUUGUUGUCCAAAUUUGCCUUCUUCCUGCUCUGUUUGAGCAUCCUGUCGGGAGACUGGUUACCCCCUGACGACAGAGACCUGCGCUGAGCACCUGCUCCUACAGCACGGUUUAUGCUCCUUUUGUCUCUGUCACUACCUGGAGAUGUGGGCUGACCUUGGUUUGGCCCUGCUCUUGCCCAACUCUUUACCCCUCUGAAACUGCAAUAAAUUCUGUGCUGCACUGCAA